AACUUUAAAUACUUAAAUUAGUCUGUGUUUUGAAUUGCCAAAACAACCAAAAAUACAUACAAAUUAACUUUCAUGAGUAUUUUACAUUAAAGUCUGUAAAAGACAGUACAGGUGUUGUAAAAAAAAAUAACACUGUGGUGGCGCAUUAAAAACAAUCAAACAUACAAAUAGCAUUUUUUUCCAAUUUGAAUUGUUACUGCAGAUCAAAUAUUCAACCAUUUGUGCACAUCCCUAAUAUGCAGCCUGCAUAUGUGAUCUCCAGAGGAUGCAGCCUUCCAUUUGAGAAAUGGCCCUAAGGUGCCCAGAGAGUUCCAGAACUUUUUUUAAGCGUAAAGGACAGGUCAAGCGCAUCAUCCCCAAAAUAACCAUCUGCACACUAAAGCCUUUUUACUGUGACAGUUUUGCGCAAUAAACAGUAUACUAGAUGUAGCAGAAAGCACUGUACACAUUUAAUAUUGUCUUAAAUGAUUGUGUGUGUGUGUGUGCAAUUUUAAACUGUUCAAGAAAAAUACAAUAGUAUCAGAUCGACCGGUAUCAGGAUCGGCAGAUACUCAGAGUUCUGGUAUCGAAAUUGGAUAGGUAAUGGAAAAGUGGUAUUGGUGCAACCCUAGAUCAUUAAUGUGAAUGCUACUCUUUUGUGGUGUUGAUGACAAACAUUUAAAAUGACAAACCCUGAUAAUACAGUUUGUAACUAUUUUGUGUGAUUCAAUGAAAGGCAGAAAAUGUGAGUUUUUAUACAAAGCUGCCAUCAAUGUCAUAAAUUUACUUAUUAAAUAGUGACCUCAAAAUAUUGCAGAACACUGUGUUCUCAGACUUUUGGACCGCAAUGUACGUUAACCUGUUUAAGUGUUUGUUUCACCGUGUUUUAUUUUUAUUUCAGCUGCAGAGGCUAAAGCGUUCACUAUCCUUUAAGACCAAGAGUCUUCGCAGCAAAAGUGCUGAUAACUUUUUCCAGCGGCCAAUUGAGGAUGGGAAGUUUAAAUCAGAACUGCUCUCAGACAUCAGUAGCAGCACGGGUCAUCUGAGCACCAUUGGCGUAUCCGUCUCCACCCCCCCAGCCAUGUCUCUGCCACCACCUCCGCUGCCCUCCGUAAUCCCAGGCAACCUGCCUAUCACAAUCUGUUCCCCGUCCCGGGCCCCACGCCAGACGGACCCCAAUGCGCACACCUUUCUGGAGCACAUCUUUAAGAAACCCCACUUUUGUGACAUCUGCAACCACAUGAUUGUAGCUUGCCAAGGGGGAGCAGGCAAAGUGUUUGGUCCCAAUGCAAAGCUGGGUCUUCGAUGCAAGGCCUGCAAGAUGGGCAUCCACCACAAGUGCCUGGAUGGAGUUGGACAGCAGAGAUGCAUGGGGAAACUGCCCAAAGGUUUUCGAAGAUAUUCCAGUUCCCCUCUGCUAAUUCAGGAACAGUUUGGCUGCAUCAGGGAGGUUAUGCCCAUUGCUUGUUGCAGUAAGGUUGACCCAGUGUAUGAGACAUUAAGGUUUGGAACCUCUCUGGCACAGAAGACUAAGCGGGCCAGUGGAUCAGAAUCACCACAGAGAAAUUCUGUAAGAAAUGCAGAUUAAUUAUUCUAAGUAAGGGAUAAUCCAUGGCUAGCCAUGCAUUAAAGCAAGGACUGGAGUUGAGAACCACUGCAUUAAAGGAUUUUAAUGCACGAUGUAGAGCCGAAGGGCAUUAAAAUCCUUUAAUGCAUGGCUAGCCAUGGAUUAUUCCGCUUAUACCUUG